CCUCAACAAGAAGAGUAAAGUACCUUUCAGUACCUUUCGUUUUCAGUUUCUUCACUACAGCAUUUUCCCUUUUUGGAUAAAAGGCAUAAUCAUGAAAGUCCUUAUUUUAAGUGUUAUGAUCCUGGCUGUAACAUAUGCAGUUGCAAAGAGGGCAAAACGUGAGGCAUAUGCCCUCCCUGAUGGUGCUGACCUUUUAGUAGGUCCCGUAAAAACAACAUUUUCUUGCUUCAACGACGGUUACUACGCCGACGUAGACAAUAACUGCCAAAUUUUCCACGUCUGCCAUUCUAUUGAGACAGAGGACGGUUCUAGGGAGACUCAACAAUGGUCUUUCCUCUGCGGAAAUCAAACUGUCUUCAACCAGCUCACAUUAUCUUGCGCCGAUCCUGACGAUGUUGUACCCUGUGCACAAGCUCCUGAAUUCUUCG